AUGGCUCAAACAGCCAAGGUAUUGGAUGACGAUGACACUGCGUCAUCGAUUGAUGGAAACACGCCCUCCAAUGUAAACACCCUGGGGAAACGCAAAGCGACAACCGACUUUGAAGAAAAGGUCACUUGGACCGACGAGGAAUCCGACCAUGGCGAAAGCCUCAAACGGCAACCAUCCGCCAAGCGCCGGGCCAUUUCCAAAGGAAAGCAACCGGCGAGGAAGGGCGCCACCGGCAAAACCAAACCGUCCAAGAAGCGAGCCGGCGACUUGCGGGCUUGGGUCAACGACGUCGACGAGUCGAGCGCCCAGGAGGAGUUCGCCGAUGCCAGCGUGCCGGGAUACCUGCUGCAGCGCAGAAAACAGUUUGACCAGGACAGGGCGCGACUGCGCGAUGCGGGCUUGAAGCUGCCCCCGGACUACUCCGACAUCUACUUCUCCGACGAUGACGGCGGCCAGCACCCGACGCCGAGGCUCAACGAGCGGCCGCAGUUUGAAGAGAGGACGGGCAUCAAGCCGUGUCGACCGUACGAGGAUAUCGAGCUCGAGUACUCGGCGGGCGUCAUACCGGCGUCCAUUGCCCAGUACCUCCGCGACUAUCAGAUUGCGGGCGUCAAAUUCCUACAUGAGCGGUUCGUUUAUCAGAAGGGUUGUAUUUUGGGUGAUGAUAUGGGUUUGGGGAAGACGGUGCAGGUGGCCGCGUUUCUUACCGCUGCCUUUGGGAAGACGGCCGGGGAGCGAGAUGCGAAGCUGAUGAGGAAGAUGCGGCGCGCCGGCGAUCAGUGGUAUCCCCGCGUCUUGAUUGUUUGCCCUGGCUCGUUGAUCCAGAACUGGAAGAACGAGUUGCAUCGCUGGGGGUAUUGGCAUGUGGAUACCUACCAUGGUGCGGGCAAGGAAGAUGUUCUGCAAGCUGCCAAGGCUGGGCGACUCGAGAUCAUGAUCACAACGUACACCACCUACAAGAAGAUGCGCGAGGCUGUCAACGAAGUCGAGUGGGACUGCGUUGUCGCCGAUGAGUGCCAUGUUCUUAAGGAUCGGAGAUCCGAGACGACCCAGGCCAUGGACUGCGUAAAUGCUCUCUGCCGGAUUGGUCUAACUGGCACGGCCAUCCAGAACAAGUAUGAGGAGCUGUGGACACUCCUGAACUGGACAAACCCCGGCCAUUUCGGGACUCGGGCGGAGUGGGGGAACACCAUCACCAAACCUCUCACCGUCGGCCAGUCUCACGAUGCUACUCUGAAGCAGCUCAGCAUUGCCAGGACGACGGCCAAGAAGCUAGUUCAGAACCUGCUUCCGGAGUUCUUUCUGCGGCGGAUGAAGACGCUCAUCGCCCACCAGCUGCCUAGGAAAAGUGACAAGGUCGUGUUUUGUCCUCUUACUGAUAUCCAACGCGAGGCCUACCAGAACUUUCUCGAGGGAGAGCACGUCACGUUUGUCAACUCAGCAUCCGAGCCCUGUGACUGCGGUUCGGGUCGCAAGAGUGGCUGGUGCUGCAACAAGACGCUCCCUGACGGGAAGUCGUGGAUGAAUGUCGUUUUCCCAAGCAUCAUGACGUUGCAGAAAAUAUCCAACCACAUCACGCUGCUGAUCCCGUCGUCUGCCGAUCCAAAUGACAAGCAGAACUCGGAGCUUAAUGCGCUCCAGACCUGCAUUCCCGAUGAUUGGAAAGAGCUUUAUCGAAACCGAGACUCCAUGCUGAAUCUAGCCAACUCCGAAUUUUGCGGGAAGUGGAAGAUUCUGAAGAAGCUGCUGCGCUUCUGGCACGAAAACGGAGACAAAGUCCUCGUCUUUUCGCACAGCGUCCGGCUCCUGCGUAUCCUCCAACACCUGUUCCACAAUACGAGUUACAAUGUGAGUUUCUUGGAUGGCACACUGAGUUACGAAGAACGCCAGAAGGUGGUGGACGACUUCAACUCGGACCCGUCGCAGUUCGUGUUCCUUAUCUCAACCAAAGCCGGCGGCGUGGGCCUGAACAUCACGUCGGCCAACAAGGUCGUGAUUUUUGACCCGCACUGGAACCCCGCGUACGACCUCCAGGCCCAAGAUCGCGCGUACCGCAUCGGCCAAGUCCGCGACGUGGACGUCUUUCGCCUCGUCUCAGCGGGGACCAUCGAAGAGAUCGUCUACGCGCGCCAGAUCUACAAGCAACAGCAAGCGAACAUCGGCUACAACGCGUCCAACGAGCGGCGUUACUUCAAGGGCGUUCAGCAAGACAGUACUCGAAAGGGUGAGAUCUUUGGUCUCAGCAACCUCUUCAGCUUCCACGGCGACCAGGUCGUCCUCCGGGAGAUUGUCAACAAGACCAACAUCGCCGAAGCCAAAGCGGGCGUCCACCUCACCGACAUCGACCUCGCCAAGAUGGCCAAACCCGACGAGGGCUCCCCCGACGACGACGACGAUGACGAACUCACGCUGAUCAAACCCGAACCGAGCGACGGCGGCGACGACGACGAACAAGGCAUGAGUCAGCUCGCGAAGCUCAUCACCGCAGAAAACCGAGAGGACCUGGUGCGCGCACGACGGGUCACUAAGCCCAAGAGCGACGCCAUCGCUGGCAUCCUAGCGUCGGCGGGGGUCGAAUACACGCACGAAAACUCCGAGGUUAUUGGCACUAGCCGUGUGGAGGCCCAGCUCUCGCGCCGCGCGGAACUCGCUCCGGCAGCAGACGGUGGCGCGGACGAUAGCGUGUUGUUCGCGGACAGCCAGGGUGAUGAUCAUCAUCCUCGCCACCAACAUAGCACAACAUCCGAUACUACAGCUACAACUGGGCGUGGGACUGGGAGUGGCACUGGGGGUAGGACUGGGGUCGCAGGCGGCGGCGGUGGCUGGGAGGGGCGCGCGCACUGGCGGUUUAAUCCACCGGUGGAGGUCAUGCGACGGCAAUUCUGCUCGAUGGCGAGGGAGCUUGGGUUUGCGGACGUCACUGAGUUUGCGCUGGUGGUCGAGAGCUGGACACAGGAGCAGAGGCGCAAUUGCCUCGAUACGUUUUACCGCGCGAGAGAGGUGAGGCUGCUGGGGCGGCUGGUGAAGGGGGAGGGAGCGGACCAGGGUAGUGAGAAGGUGAAGGGACAGGAGCCUGAGGAAUCGACACCAGGCACGGGGUUGACGUCGCGUCCGGGGUCAGGGCUGGGAUCGGAGAGAAACCGUGAUGUAAGGAAGAGAGAGGUGGUGAAGAAGAAUGAGGCUAAUCCUGCUACGAAGGGUGAAGGUGGCGGCGAGGAGGGGAUCGGGAUGAGGGGGGAGAGUGUGAAUCUGCCUGUUCAGUCGCCGCCAUUGGCGGAGGUGGGGGAAAUACAGGGAAAAAUGGAGAACGCAGAGAAGACGGCCAAGUCAGAGAUAACGAGGGUACCGACGAUAUUCCUGUCCGAUGAUGACGAGGACGACGAACUUUGA